AUGGUCAAGCCACAAUGUGUUAUCUGUGCCAAGGUUUUGAGCCACAAGAACUUGAAGCCCAACAAACUAAAGAUCCAUUCGGAGUCUUGUCACAGCGACCUGGCGGGGAAGGGCGUGGACUAUUUCAAACGAAAAGAAGCCGCACUCAAGGGUUCCCACAUCGAUUCAACGGGUCACUACACUUGUCAAAUUGAAGCAGUGCUGGAAGCUUCAUACCAGAUUGCUUAUCGAAUCGCACAGACUAAGAAACCUCACACCAUCGGUGAAGAGCUUAUCAAGCCAUGCCUUCUCGAAGCAGCAAAGUUGGUGCUGGGGGAACAGCAGUCAAACAAGUUCAGGCAGAUUUCCCUUUCUAAUGACACAGUCAAAAGUCAAAUCUCGGAUAUGAGUGAUGAUAUUCUGCUGCAAGUAGUGAGUGGUGUGAAGAGCAGUCCAGUGUAUUAA